GAACUUGAAUUUCAAUCUAAAGAAAGGAAGCAGUACUUGCCAUGGGAAUUCAUGGAAGGUUGUGGCUGGUCAUCCUUAUUGCACCCCCAUUAGCAGCAAUUGCAGCAAAACUUCCUAUUGCAAAACUCGGUUGUCAAGAUAAAUGUGGUAACGUUAGUAUUCCAUAUCCAUUUGGUACAAGAGAAGAAUGUUACUACGAUGACAAUUUUUUCAUAAGGUGCAAUGACACUUUCGAUCCCCCAUUAGCGUUUUUAUCGAAUAGUACAAUCAAUGUCAUCAACAUAAGUCUUGAAGGGAGGCUGCGCAUAAUGAGCCCUAUAGCCCAUGAUUGCUAUAAUGCGUUCGGUUACCCAGGUUACAGCGACAAUGACCGGCUCCAAUAUUUAUAUUUAGACAGUAGUUAUACUAUCUCUGACACUGAUAACAAGUUUGUUGCUAUUGGGUGUGAUACGACAGCAUAUCUACAAGGUCUCCAAGGGAAUAAAAGCUACACUGGAGGUUGCAUAACCAAAUGUGAGAGCAUUGACUAUGUAGCCAAACACACAUGUUCUGGAAUUGGUUGUUGCCAGACACCCAUUCCCGAAAGAACGAACAACAUCAUUUUCAUAGUGGGAAGCAGCGAAUACUAUAAAAGUGUUUGGAACUUCAGCCCUUGCAGCUAUGCCUUCAUCGUGGAAGAAAGCCAGUUCAACUUUUCUUCAAAUUAUCUUCUCGACUUUCAAAAUGUUAGUAAACUCCCUCUGGUGCUUGAUUGGUCAAUUCGGGCCGUCAACGAUACAUGUGGUAAAACUAAAAAGGCAAAAGCAUGCCAAGGAAACAGCUCUUGCGUUCCUGUUGAAAAUAAUGGAUAUCGAUGCAAGUGCUUAGACGGUUUUGAAGGAAAUCCGUACCUACCUAGUGGUUGCCAAGACAUAGAUGAGUGUUCAGACCCUAAUCGCAAUCAUUGUAAAGGUAUGAUCUGCACCAAUACAGAAGGAAGUUAUAUAUGUUCGUGCCCAAAAGGUUACCAUCUUGUUGAAAUAAACGAUGAAACUCGAGGGAUCGGAGGCCUUGUAUUAUUCCUAGUAGUUGGCACUUGGCUAUUUUGGGGAUAUAAUAAAUGGAAGCUCAUCAAACUCAAACAGAAGUUCUUCAUGCAAAAUGGAGGUUUGAUGUUGCAACAACAACUAUCCAACCAUGAAGGAUCUGCAGAAACAGCUAAAAUUUUUACAGUUGAGGAACUCGAGAAGGCCACAAACAACUUUGAUGAAAGUGGAAUUAUAGGUCAAGGAGGUUAUGGGACAGUGUACAAAGGAACUCUUAAAAAUGGAAGAAUUGUUGCAAUUAAGAAGUCCCACAUUAUUGAUCAAAGUCAAAAUGAGCAAUUCAUAAAUGAAGUGGUUGUCCUUUCACAAAUCAACCACAGAAAUGUGGUGAAGCUGUUAGGUUGUUGCUUAGAGACAGAAGUUCCAUUGCUAGUUUAUGAAUUCAUUACCAAUGGCACUCUUCACCAUCACAUCCACAAUAAAAGUAAGGCUUCAUCAUUGACUUGGGAAAUCCGCUUAAGGAUAGCAAUAGAAACUGCAGGAGUGCUAUCAUAUUUGCACUUUGCAGUCUCUACACCAAUCAUUCAUAGAGAUAUAAAGUCUACAAACAUACUCUUAGAUGAGAGCUACACAGCAAAAGUAUCCAAUUUUGGUACUUCAAGGUUGGUUCCACAAGACCAGGCUGGAAUAUCUACAGUUGUUCAAGGAACUAUUGGAUACUUGGACCCUGAAUACUUGCAUUCAAGCCAAUUAACAGACAAAAGUGAUGUUUAUAGCUUUGGAGUUGUCCUCCUUGAGCUUUUGACUGGAGAAAAAGUACUUUCCUUUGAUAGGACAAAGAAAGAGAGAAAUCUUUCCAUGUAUUUUCUUUCUGCAAUGAAAGAUAAUUGCUUGGAAAAAAUUCUUGAUGGUUGUGUAGUGAAUGAAGCAAACAUUAAGCAACUUAAUGAGGUAGCGAACCUGGCAAGGAGAUGCUUGAGUUUGAAAGGAGAGGAAAGGCCUACAAUGAAGGAAGUGGCUAUGGAGUUAGAGGAAAUGAGAAGGAUGACAAAGCAUCCAUGGGCGAACAAUGAAUUGGAUGUGGAAGAGCCAAAGAACUCGCUAGGUGAAACAUCUAAUAAAUCUAGUUAUGACUUUGAUGGUAGUGGUAGCAUGAGCGUCUCCAACACGUUUCCAGAUCAAGUGGGAUUUGCAAUUCAUAGUGGGAGAUAAACAAAAGUUUCUUGGUGACUAGUUGAUACCCAUCUAUGUUAGUGCUAAUCAUAAAACCCAGAAAAACAA